AUGGCCUCGGCGGCGGCUGGUGAAACGGAGGAAACCACCAGACUGCGCAAACCGCGCUUCUCCUUCGAGGAGAACCAGAUCCUCAUCCGCGAGGUGCGCGCGCACUACCCGCAGCUGUACGGCGCGCAGAGCCGUCGGGUGAGCGUGGCCGAGCGGCGGCGCCUGUGGGACGGCAUCGCCGCCAAGAUCAACGGCAUCACCAGCUGGAAGCGCACCGGCCAGGAGGUGCAGAAGCGCUGGAACGACUUCAAGCGCCGCACCAAGGAGAAGCUGGCUCGCGUGCCGCACUCCACGCAGGGGGCCGGGGCCGCCGCCGAGGACGCCUUCUCGGCGGAAGAGGAGACAAUUUUUGCCAUCCUGGGACCCGGCAUCGCCGCGGGGACAGGUGCCUGGGCGGAGCAGCCUGCAGGAGGCGCCUCCUCACAGCCUCCAGCUCCUGGCGCCCAAUUCCAACGCCACGAAGAAGACCGCAGGGAGGAGCGACCUACAGAUCCCGCAGCCCACAGCAAAGGGAGCUCCAGCAGCCCGGAGCCCUGGGCCCGAUCUUCUUGCUCCCCCCAGGAUGGGGGCUGCCAGCGCCCCAAGGAGCGUGAGUCCCCGCCCCCUCCAGCCCAGCUGCCCCGUCUGGCGGUGUCCCCACCGCCCCCAGCCCCGCCCCCUUCCCUGCCACCACCUCCUCCGCCGCCGCCGCUGCCGCCACCGCGCGUGUCGCCCUCGCCCCCCUUGCCGCCGCCCCCUCCUCCGCCUGCGGUCACGCCCACCGCCCCAGACCCCUCCCUGGACUUCCUGCGGGCCCAACAGGAGACUGCCAACGCCAUCCGGGAGCUGGCUGGCACCCUGCGACAGGGACUGACUAAACUGAGCGAAGCCCUCAGUGCCCUGCUGCCCCUCCUGCCUGGGCCUCCUGCCAGCCCGCUGCCCCCACCGCCCCCGCCCCUGCCCCCCAGACCAGUCCUGCCCGCGCCCACCCCCAAGAUGGAGAGCACCCCAGAACCCGUGUCCGUGGUGGCUGCCGUCGUGGACGGGGCGGUGGUGGCAGCCAGGGGCGUGAUCAUCGCCCCGCGGAGCGAGGAGGGCGCCCCCCGGCCACCCCCAGCCCCACUCCCACCCCACGACUCGCCCCCACACAAGCGGAGAAAAAGUUUCCCCACACGGAAGAAGAGGGGCCGCUGGAAAUCUCCGUGA